GAUCUGCUGCUCAGUGCAGGACGGUAGCCAAAGGAUUGCUCAGGAACAACACAGGAAGAAGCCACAGGGGGAAACAGUGGCAGUGGAACAGCUGAUUUACUUAACAAUAAUCUUGUUACAUUCAGAGGCAGGCAAACAUACAUACCAGCAUUACCAUCAGAAUGUAUGUGCCUGGGGCCAUGUUGGCCCUCUGUCUGUCUUGCUUUUUGAAUGGGAAUGUAUUUGGUUAUGAAUAUGGAGAGGAAUACUCUGAUCCCUACUACAAUGAAAUCACUAAUGGUGAACACCAACAAAGAGCCACGCAAAUUCCCUGCCAGUCCCAAGACGUCUCACGCUGGGACAAACUUUUUAUCAUGCUGGAGGACUCUCAGAUGAGGCAAAACAUGCUCUUGCAGCAGAGUGAAGACAUGGUUAAGGUGGAGAUGAAUGCUUUAUGGAAGGAACUCCAGAAGCUCAGUUCUAACAACAACAAAGCAUGCAUCCAAGCCUUAGAGAACACCUGCAAAUGUAUAAAGGAGCAGAUUAAUCUCAAACUGGACAGAGCCAUUGAGCAGCUCAGAGAGGCUCUAGAUAAGUUUCAAGCCCAAAACAAUGAAAUGUUCCAGCAGCUUCUCCAGUUCAGCAGGAGCCAGGCCACACGUCUCACCAAACUUGAGAGCAAUGUCCUGCAAGGAGUAGGCCUGACGCAUGUGGCCAUGAAAUCUUUACCCACCUACCCAAAGGAAGAAGAGGCAAGCAGUGCUGAUAGCGGGAACCUGGAGAGAGCACUAAUUGCCACCGCUGCAGAUCUACAAAGGGUGCAUGCCCAGCUAGCCCUUUUCCAAAGAGCAACUGCACAGCAUUAUCUGCCUUCAGGCUGUGAAAUGGCUUUAUUAUUUCCAAUGCGCUCCAAGCACAUCUUUGCAGAGGUGACACCCUCCAAGUCCUUCUCCCUACAGUCAUUCACAAUCUGCAUGUGGGCCAAGGUGACUCAGUCUCUGAAUAGAACAGUGCUCUUCUCUUAUGGCACCAGGAGAAACCCUCAGGAGCUCCAGCUUGUCUUGGCAAGGCACUCUGUGCUCCUCACGGUGGGUGGUGAGACCCAUCUAGUGGAAUCUCACAGUCUAGUUACAGAUGGGCAGUGGGCAUACUUCUGCGGAGCCUGGAGCUCAGACAAGGGGCUGGCCACUUUGUGGGUGAAUGGACAGAGAGUUGCCAGUGUUGUUGGAGUAGCCAAAGGGUACAUAUUGCCUGCUGAUGGAUUCAUUCUGCUAGGGCAGGAGCACAGCCGGUUGGGUAACUACAAAAAUCUGGACUCAUCGGUAGCCUUCACAGGAAAGAUGACAGGAGUGAACAUGUGGGACUAUAUGCUGGAAGCAGGAAGGAUAAAAGAGUAUGCCAAACAAGAUGGGUCAUGUGAUAAUCGUGGGAAUGUGAUUGGAUGGGGUGUCUCAGUGAUCAUUCCACAUGGAGGUGCUCAGUAUGUCAACUGAAGUUGCAAAUAUUCAAUACAUUAUGAGGAAGAGGUAUUAUAUUGUAUAGUUUCAAUGAGUUUGUAUUGACCUAAAUGUUUUAUGCCACUGCUUUGCAGAUGAAGUAUAUGUGGCGUUUUUUUAGUUCUUGUUCAUUCCAAAUAAAGAGCACUGCUAUUAAAACUUAAAGGAAUAUUUCACCCAAAAAUGAAAAUUCUCUCAUCAUUUACUCACCCUUAUACCACCCAGAUGUGUGUGACUUUCUUUCUUCUGCAGAACACAAAUUAUGAUUUUUAGAAGAACUUCUCAGCUCUUUUGGUCCAUACAAUGCAAGUGAAUGGGUGCCAAAAUUUUGAAGCUCCAAAAAUCACACAAGUCAGCAUAAAAGUAAUCCAUAAGACUCCAGUGGUUAUAUCAAUGUCUCCAAAAGCGAUACGAUAGGUGUUUGUGAGAAACAGAUCAAUAUUUAAGUAAAUUUUUACUAAACAGCUGAAAUAUUCUUCUAAAAAUCAUAAUUUGUGUUCUACAGAAGAAAGAAAGUCAUACACAUCUGGGAUGGCAUGAGGGUGAGUAAAUGAUGAGAGAUUUUUUUAUUUUUGGGUGAACUAUUCCUUUAAAUACUGUACACAAAGUAAAUGUAUUGUUUUUGUUUUAGUGUAUUAACGAGAGAAUUGCAUUUAUGUAAAUAAAUGUAUUAAAUGGAUACAAACUAAUACAUUCUUGUGGUGUGCCUCAGUGAGCCUAAUUAAUGGACUACAAAUAGCAGAUCUGUUUCUGUUGUUUAGAAUUUACAUUUUAAUGACUUAAGGUGGGGCAAGUCUGCAUUUAUUUACAGCACCAUGCUGGACAUGCCUGUUUACAUUGUUCACCAAUAAUUAGAAACAGAUUUUCCCUCUCCUGCAGUUUAUGUGCAAUUAUGUACAGUUUUGUCUGGCUUAUUGCUGCAUUGCUAUUCUAAUAUGACUAUUGGCAGUUGGUCCAGUCUGACCACAAAUGAGACAAAAAGUACCUAAGCAUGGCAUGUGCCGAAGCCAAAGUGACAGCAACUAUUAAGUUACACCCUGGUACAUGAAAUGUUUAUUACAAUGAGCUGUGUUUUCCAGUGCUUUGGGAGUCAUAAGGUCAUAAUAACCCUC